AUGCAUCGGGGAGCUUACCAAGUUCGAUUUUACGACUCCUCUGACGACGAGCAGAAUGUGCGGGUUGCGGAGGUGAUGCCGGUGGUAGACGACCCCCAGCCACUGCCGGAGGCGGCAAGUAGUCGCCAGCAGCAGCAGCAGCAACAGCCGCCCUCGUGGAUAAGAAGAGCCGUCGACAGUGCCGUGACGUGCGUCGCAUCGGCGCUGACGACGCAGUCGGGGGCGCCGGCCAGCACGCAACUCACCAUCGCGAGGGCCUCCUCGAGUUCUUCAAACGACAGCGGUGACUGGGGCUACAGGGGUUAUUGUAGAUCGCCUUUUCAUGAGGAGACACCGCCACCCAAUGACUCGCUGGAUCGCUCUGAGGACAUUGCCGUUGACCUGCGUGAAGUGAUUCUCCAGUAUAGGCGGACGCCCAACGAUGUGUGCAAGCGGAUCAUUCUUGCAGCGCUUGACUUUAGAGAGGUUCAAAUCAACGGCGAUGUGUUUCGCGCUGCUGCCGGCAACAGUGAGCUCAUUGGAACUCUGCUACGUUCAGGACGAGUCAACUUCGAUGAUCCUGAUGUACAGGAGGUCAUUCAGGAGGAGAUCGAUUCCGCGUUGCGGGUGGACCGGGCGGACCGGGUUCGUACUUAUCCAGACAAAAUUGGGUACCUGAGGCUGCUGUGCCGUGUGCGUAGUGCAACCCUGACGCAGGAGCAGGCGCGGCAAUGCCGUCAGUCAGGCUUUGAAUAUGCCAAGCUGCUUUACGACAAUCCGCAUCUUUUGCGAAAUAUUCCACCACCUAGUUGGUUUGUGGCGCGUAUAUUAGAUUUCUUCUCCAUCCUGGUCAUGGUCAUCACGUGGCUUGGCUUGGCUGCCACCUUGCUCAACUUUGUGUCCGUCGGCUGGCUUGCGUCCAUUUGGUUUCGCAGCAAUCAUCCCUCCUUUGGUUACUGGACGAUCCUCUGCUACGUGGCCGGCUACGUGGGCAGCAUUGUUGUGGUGAUGACCUCCGAGGAGGGGCGCAUUCGCGACUACGACGACCGCCUCUGGGACUACCCAGACAACUCGCUGAAGGUCGUCCCUUGCGUCCCUUUUUUUGAGAUCGCCCUCUUGUAUGUGACACUGCGGUACGAACUUCUUCGCGACAAGGCAAAAUACUUCGUCAUUCGACACGACUUGUACAAUGGCCUCUCCAAUGUCUUGAUUAUUAACACUUAUUUGUUCGCCACCCCGCAGUUGCUCUUGCAGUUUUAUCUCAGCUCGCUGCAUGACCCAGAUACGAAGGAGCUUGCCGCCUAUGGACUCCUGGCUUGUGUCAACUACACAUUGUAUGGGAUGUCCAUGUGCCUGUUCAUGUGGAAUAUCUUCUUUCAGUACUCCUGCAACAGUUUUGGGUUUGCCGUGAUGGCGGUAAAACAGGCCCUCUUGAUGCCUAUCGAUGUCACCACUCGUACUCUCAUUGUCACAGCGUUAUUCUACCUGGAGUGCAACGUUGUCGCCUGUGUGAUGUCGCUUAGCGACAUUUAUAAAUGUUCAUGGGAAACGAUUGUUUUCAUUGCGGUUCUGGUGACACUGAUCGUCAUUGUGAUUAUUGGGUUUGUGCUGGUCAUCCUUCUGGGCGCCAUACGACACAUUUGGGCUGUGUGUUUGCUUUCCAUUUUGCUGCAGGUGGUCUUUAGCAUAUACGCCGUCGGGAACGCUAGCGAAGACCAAGAAGUUUGUAGACUGCUGGCUAUUUCCACUUCCGUUGUGCCACCGUUCACGUACGUGGCGUAUGCGGCUUUCUGCGUCACGUUUCUUGCCUGGGUGGCUGUCGCGCUUCACGGUAAAGUAACGGGCAGGCAGUCGUACCUGCGUUGGGACAACCACUUCUAUUGGUCCUGUGGACGAUGA